AUGGCGUCUAUUAGCACUCUCCUCGCCCACAUGAACCGGACUGAGAUUCCUCGGUAUCGUAAGAACCUUCACGUCGCCUGUGGCGCCUGCACUCGUGAAGGCCACGUUGACGCCAAGCCGAUGAGCAUCUGGGAAUGGCUGAUGCACGCUUGGGACGUUCACAAUUGGACUCUUCCUCACGUGGCAUCGUGCCCUCUCUGCGGACAUCUCUGCACCCCAGGGCCUGGUCUCCGGAGACAUUUCGCCACCCAGCACAGCGACCGGCCCAGAGAGCAAUUAGAGAGCGCCGCGCGCCUGGCUUCGGCAAUGCCGGCAGGAGAGAUGCAAGGCACCCAUGACUCUGAGGAGCUACUCCGACCUGGCGUGGAAAAGCCCCUGUUAGGACAGUCGGCGGCAGAUGUUGCGGGACGAAAGCGCAGGAGGGACGGCGACAUGGACGGCGACUACACAGCGCCAGCCGCCAAGCGCACGAAGAGCGACGGCCAGGGGGUGUGCCCCGCCCCAGCCGAGAGCGACGGCAACAGGGAGUGCCCGGCUCCACCCGCCAAGCGCAAGAGGGCCGCCAGGCACAAGAAGGAGCUUUCCCUCCAAGUGACAGAGGAGAGGGACCUAAUGAAGAUUUGA